AUGAACAAGCUCACCGGUUCAAUCCCUUCUUCAAUUGGAAACUUAGGCAACUUAACCCUUUUGUACCUUUAUGACAACCAACUUUCCGAAUCAAUCCCUCAAGAAGUUGGGAUGCUGAGGUCUCUCAUUGAUCUCGAACUCUCAGGGAACAAUCUCACUGGUUCAAUCCCUGCAUCUAUAGGGAACUUAAGCAACUUAGCAAUGUUGUACCUUAAUUACAAUAGGCUUUUUGGAUCUAUUCCCUCAGUGUUCAACAAUCUUACACAUUUAACAGAGUUUAUCAUAGAUGAAAACAUGUUCAAUGGUCAUAUCCCAGAAGGCCUUUGCUUUAAUGGAUUGCUGGUUAAUUUUACAGCUAAUGAUAAUAAUCUCACAGGUCCCAUCCCAAAAAGCUUGAGAAAUUGCUCUAGCUUAUAUAGAGUUAGGCUUGACAGAAACCAAAUUUCGGGAAAUAUAUCAGAAGAUUUUGGCUUAUACCCAAGCUUGGAUUACAUUGAUUUGAGUCAUAACAAUUUUUAUGGUGAGCUAUCUAAGAACUGGGGAAAAUGCCACAAUUUAACUAGUCUCAAAAUGUCUAACAAUAAAAUUUCUGGUAGGAUACCAUCUGAAUUAGUAGGGGCAACUCAGCUAUCCAUUCUAGAUCUCUCUUCAAAUCAUCUAUUUGGAGAGAUCCCAUUGAAAUUGGGAAGGUUGGUUUCACUAUUCAACCUUAAGCUGGAUGAUAAUUAUCUAUUAGGCAAUAUUCCUCCAGAAUUAAGUAAGUUGUCCAAUUUAGAGAACCUUAACUUGGCAGCAAAUAAUCUAAGUGGCUCAAUCCCUAGAGCACUAGGAGAGUGCAAGAAACUUUGGAACUUGAAUUUGAGCAAUAAUAGAUUUGGGGAAAGCAUUCCUAUUGAAAUAGGCCAGAUUAACACUCUUCAAAGUCUUGAUCUUGGUAAUAACUUGCUAAUUGGUAAGAUACCAUAA